GUGCCGCCGAGUUCAGCAGGGAGGUGUGCCAAUACAUGAUGUGUAAUUACAUGCGGUUUGCAGUUACUACUGCCCGGAAACACCACUGGUUAGCCAACGUCGGUUUCGACGGCGACCCGGGCGAGGACACCGACGCGGACCAGUGGGGCGCCGACAUUGACGAUGACCGGGAAUUCAAGCAUAAGGGUUUCGAUGCGUAUGUCAAAUCCCUGAGAGAGCUCAGGGCUGUGAUGAACGGGUGCUGGUGGUCCCCUUACGCCGUCCAGCACUUCUGCAGUGGGGCGUGCGAGUGCACGACGCUCGCAGAGCACGUGGCGAAGCUCGCCCCGGCGAUUACGAAAACAGUGCUCCAUCAUAUGCCACUGGUGCCCUCCGUGAACAAGUGGACCAAACUUGGGCCUUGCGUGGAUGUGCUGGUGUUUGGGCUCCUGGCUCAUCGCGUCCUCCCCGUGUGCUUUGAGAGCUUGAAGUUCAAGGCUCCGCCCAGCAGGGAUGACCAUGAAGCUGAUGACCAAUUCAAGUUUGAGGCCGAUUUUUCGGCGCUGCAGGGCAAACGAUUUCGCUUGGCGCUGGACAUGCUGAAAAGCGAGGCCUCGGUCGGAUGCAUAGUGAUGCUCGGCAUAGUGCUGGAACCUGUGCGGCACGUGUCGGCUUGGCUCAUGAGACGGGCGCGUGAGUGUCCGGAUCCCUGCGGGCGCCCUGCUGUCUUAGAUUUCUUCAACGACCGCUUUAACCCUGUCGUCCACGCGAGGCAGUACAUCUCAACUUUGCUCAGUGGCCGCGCCACGCGCCUGGUGCUGCUGUGGAGGAUUCGGCAGCGCGAGUCCCUUCAAGAUUGGUUUGGCAAGCACCCCGAGGACAUCCGCCUUUUCCGCAGAUUGCUUCUCGCUUUGGAUUGCGCAUUAUUUCGCCGGCAUUAUUGCCCGUCGAGGCGGUUCCCUUGGGGCCUCGUUCGUUUGUGCGACGACCGCUUCUCCGCAGCGGAGCGGGAACAGUUGGCCGAGAAGUUCUUCCGCACGCCCGAGUGUUGCUUGCACCCGGGCUUCGCGCGGAAGGUGGCCUCUGCGCUGGCGUCCUCCAGGGAGCUGCUGACAGAGAAGUGGCUGGCCAGGCUGAGGGUGUUGGUCCGCGUCCUCACAUUGCAAGUCGCUGACGUCGAGUGGCGCCACGGCAGGGUGCGGGCGCCCAACCCCAAGGAUUUAUUCAUCCUUGAUUUCCACGCAGGUUGCACCGCGCGCGACGAGCGCGUGAAUCCCGUUCUCCAGGACACCAAGGACCGCAUCGACCGGGAGUUCGCCGAGCUCACCCCGGAGGCUGUGGCGGAGUAUGGCAGGCGGUCCGAGUUGAUGAAGGCGGCCGCGGCGCAGAACAGAGAGAAAAGGAAGCGAGACAGAGAAUGCCGCCAGGCCGAGGUUUUCGCGCCCUCGACCUUCGCCGCUUCCCGCGGCGCGUUCAGGCAAGACCACGCCGGCGAGCAUUUUUCCAGUCUUCUGGAGUCGUGCCAGUGCGGGGCUCCUCGCUGCAGGCACUGGGCGCUGGCCGCCAAUCUGAACGCGGCGGAGCCAGAGGUGGAGCACCUGGAAUCGGAUAAGUUCGCGUUGUUCACUGGCGCCGCCCAGGCCAUAGCUUCUCGGGCGCCCACUUUCCCAUCAGGUGACUAUCCUUUGACGGUCCCCUCAUUGAAGAGAGCGCUCAAGAGUAAUACUCUGAGCGCCUGCGAGGCCGAGUUCAGGGAGGUGACGAACGGGUACGUUUUGGCACCUCCACGGUUCCAGUUCCCAGAGCGCGUCGCCUACCCAAAGUGCUGUGGUGCGCUUUGCAGCAACACAAAUUCUUUGAGCAAGGCGCGGGCGUACCUUCGAUUGUUGGCUGGAUUUGCUUCCUUUUCGGCGAAGUUCAAGCCCGCGGAUUUGCCAGAGCAGGAUCUGCUACUUCUGCUGCAUGGGAAUCUUGGGAGCGGUGCCAGCAUCCUGGAGUACGCUUUCUUUCCUCAUGCCGCUGGGCGUUUUUGCCACCACCCGCCAGAACAGACGUUCGUCAGGCUCGAGGCCGCGGGGGACGGAGACCAGACCCACGUCAUCGGCCUGGAGCUCAAG